GAGAGUUCAAGUCUGCAUUGAUGCCAGUCGUUCCGGCAGAGAAGGAAGUACUUCCAUAUGUUCGUCUGUCGAGGCCCACACCUGAAGCAACAAAGGUCAUACUUCUGGCGUACAUGCGGACUGGGUCAAGCUUCACAGGUGAUAUCAUACAGCAGAGCCCGGAUGUAUUCUACAUGUUUGAACCGUUAUUCGCCGUGGAGAAGUAUCAUUUGUCUCACCUUUUUGACAUCAACAACAAAAGAUUCGACAAAGGCAAAGGGAAGAGGCAACAACACGUUCUUGAAUCGUUACUAACCUGCGACCUGACAUCCAUGGACCCUACGACACUCACACAACAUCACCUGAAGAACAGCUACAGCACCAUCGACUAUUACAACUGCACCAGGAAUGUUGAAUCAAUAUCCGAUUUGAAAGAAUGUCUCAAACCGGUGUUGUCAGAAUGUGUCAAGUCCCGUGUUGUAUUUGCCAAGGUCAUCCGCACAAAGAUGAUCACAAUGAAGGACCUCCUGUCCAAAUAUCCAGAAUUGAAGGUCAUACACCUCCUUCGUGACCCUAGAGGGCUCUUAGCGUCACAGCAGAUGGUGGGGCAUUUACCUGACGGUAUAAGUGGGUCUGUUAAGGCAACGUGUGACAAAAUGUAUACUGAUGUUAAAAAGUCCGUCAGUUUUAAGAAGAUGUUCCCCGGGCGUGUUUUUACUCUACGUUAUGAGGACAUUGCUCUCGACCCAAUUAAUGUGUCUAAGCAAGUCUACGAUUUCCUUGGAAUAGAACUUACAAGCACAAUACAAAACUACAUCUUGGAUAUCACAGCUAACAAUGUAACACGGUGUGGAGCAAGAUGUAUCAGUAAAAACUCAACCUAUGCAGCGUUCAGAUGGCGAGAGCAUCUUUCGUAUCGUGAUGUGUCUGUUAUUGAUCAUAGCUGCUCAGAAUUGUAUCGAAAGGUUGGAUACCUAGCAGUAACAAAGGUUACGUUUCGCGACAUGUCGAGGACAACCCUUACUGACAUGCCCAAGGAUUUAACACGAAUUUAGGAAUUAACAGAAAACGUUAUUAUUUCAAUUUUUAACAUUUUCUAUCGUUGUACAUACAAAUAGAAAGAAAAACUAACUGAACGACGGCUUGACGGAUAUCUGUUCUGGCUCGAGUCACGUUAUCAUAUGUUGGAAAUGUGUUUUACGUUGGAAUUGAAUCAACCAAUGUAUAACAAGGUGACUAUGCCUGUCGUCUGAGGCGACAAACAG